AUGCCACGGGAGAACAGUCUCACUGAUUCAGAAGGGAGAUCCCUCACCCCAGAGUUGGAAGAAGAGGAGAGCACAACCUUACCUGGGCUCCCAAACUAUUCUCAUGUACCAGAACAAACCAUUCCUCCUCGCUCCGACACACUGAAAACAAAGGCUCGAACUAAAGUGUCUACUAUUCCUCGGACAGUAUCUGGGCCAAUGCCUCCAAUGGAGCGAUUUCGGGCGGCGGUGCGCAAAGUCAUGGCCAUGCAACGCGGGGCUUCCUUACUGGGAAAUGUAGGAGGUGUCGGAGCAGAACCAGGCAUCGAUCCCCGCCGUCCAAUUGUAGACGCUGCUUAUGCCCACAUCAAGGAGCAGUGCCAGAUAGAGGUUGUGGAUUACUCUGCUGUUCGAAGUACUGUUCGGCGGAUGAACAACGAACAAUUUGUGGAAUUUAUUGGCGACCUUGAUUCUUCAGAUCUGCCUUCAAGGGAUCCAUGGGUCAAAGUCAGAUGGAUUAACAUUGGAGGUAUUAGUUGGGAUGUGGUCAAAUCACUCGCUGUCAAGUACAACUUACAUCCUCUCGCUUUGGAGGACAUUUUUCAUGGACAUUCGAAGACUCGGUCCAAAGCUGACUAUUACCCUCAACAUCUUUUUCUUCGCCUUCUCUGCCACGAACUUCUUGAUGAUGAAGAAAAGGUUUCUAGAGCCUCUCGUACACAAUAUUUUGCUGCACCUCGCUCCAGUUCUCCUGAACCACUAGAUGGUCAUUCUCCAGACGAUGAGGAGGAAGGUAUUGAAGAGCCAGAUGAGCUUGAAAAACCUGGGAAGAAACCUCUAUUGCAUGUCGAGUCGCUUGUCAGACGUUAUAGACAAGCUUCUCUUUUACCUUCCACCCGACAUGAUUUGAAGGCGUCGCGCUUGAUUGGAUCAAGGACACAAAUUGCAAGUAACCUCUCUGCUUUGAUAAUGAGAGACCAUGCUCAUCAACGGUCUCGAAAAGAUCGUGAAAAAGACGAAAUUGCAAUCCAGGCUCUCAAACAGGGAUCUGGUAUUGCCGUGGAUGUAACACCGAUGUUCUUCUUCUUGCUGCGAGAUGGCACUAUUAUUUCUAUUCGCCCGAUUCCUCACCUGAAUUUAACUGCCCCUAUAUCAUUCCGACUGAAGAGUCGUGACACUGUUCUCAGAAGCUCUGCGGAUCCGUCCCUCCUACUUCAUGCAUUACUUGACCUUGUUGUCGACAAGGCUGUUCAAGUCGUUGAAGCAUAUCAUGCAACCAUCCAUAAAAUGGAACUUGAGAGUUUACUCAGCCCUCAGAUGGCCACUGUCAGGGAUCUGCACAUUUUGUCUGGAGAUCUUAUCCUUCACAAACGCACACUCGAUCCUAUCAGAACGCUUAUCUAUGGUCUACGACGAUAUGAUAUCGAUCGCUGUGCGGCCCUCAUUGAUUUCUCUGAUCCAGCGAAUAAGAACGUCAAAGUCGUAGGCUUCAUGAGUCACAAAGCAAAGAUAUACCUCGCGGACGUAUAUGAUCAUAUGGAUUAUAUUCUCUCUAGUUUGGAUAUUUUUGCGGGAAUUGCACAGAACCUGAUUGAUUACUCUUUCAAUAUGUCAUCGUACGAGAUGAACGACGUGAUGCAAGUUGACAAUUCAUUCUUCGAUGAAAAGGUAUCUGACUCUUACCCUUUACCUUCCAGGCGCCGUUUGACUACAGCCACCAUCACAUGUUUACCCUUGACCCUUCUUACCGGCUACUUUGGAAUGAAUUUUAAACCCAUGCCUGCCGUCGACAACCACUCAGACUUGCUGUUCUGGGAAAUUGCUAUCCCGAUCAUGAUUAUUGUGGUUCCCUUGGCUCUAUGGAACGAUCUCGAGAAAUUCUGGCGUUAUGUUCAGAAGAGGGCAGCGACCAAAAAGGCUAUGAAAGCUGGAGGCUACGGCAUUUCUUCCUCUGCACCCGCUCCAUCUCUGACAUACGCUUCUAAGAAGAAAACUCCGUGA